UGUUUAGAAAUGAUUGCAAUAUUAACUAUUUUCACAUUUCAGUUCUUUUAAUCUAAAAUUGUUGUUUUAACAAGAACAGCUAUGAAUUGAUAAUUGAGUAACUGCUUUUGUAUUUUGCUAGCCUUUAAUUGAAAGCUCAAUAAUGUUCCUAACUAAAUCGUUCAUCACACCAACAAGAGUCCAUCCUUCCGUUACUGAAUAUCAAGAUACAGUACCAUCAAUAAACAUUUCCAAACGAAAUCAAAGUAGAAAAAAAAGAUCUAAUAUUAAACCAUUCAAAAAAUACAGAAACAGUUUCAACGAUGAUUCAGUUAGUCCAUCGUUUUCUGUUCCUACUAAUUGCGAUGCUCUAUCCUUUUUCUGUUCAUCCAAUUCUCCAAAAGAGACUGAUUUAUUUUCACUUGAUAUUUCCUCAAGUGAUGAGAAGAAAUUUGUCGAUCCAGCAACCAAUAUAUUUAAUGAAUUGACAAGAUUGAAUUUGAAACCAGGUGGUAAUGAUUCUUUUAAUGAUAAUCAAAAGAUUCUGGACCAUUUUAAAAGAUCAAACUCAUUCUAUUCCCAUCAUUCCUUUUCUAAAAAUUAUGGCUCUCAUGUUGACACUGAUUUUCGAAGAUCAUCAAGUAUACAGUCUUCAACAUUUAAAUUAAACAAAAACAGGUACGAUUAUCUUCAUGGUUAUCGUCAGAAUCCUCGUUUUACUGGUAGAAGGAACAGGUUAAAACGAUUAUAUGAUAAAUUGCUUCACCAUGGGCGAUCAAGAUCUUUCAGCUUACAAUCUCCAGAUAUUUCUUUAGAAUUGAACAAAAAUAUUUCUUAUAGUUGCGAGUUCAAUAGCGAAAUUUCUAAAUCAAUCUCUAAUUUGAACAAAACAAGAAGAAGUUCUACAUUUCUGGAAAGACAAAAUUUUAUAACUAGAAGGUUUUGUUACUCAAAUGACAGAAAUACUCAAACAAUUCAAAGUGAUAAGUUUCGGCAAAGUGAUUACAAUGAUUAUAUGACUCAUUAUUCCAAUACUCAAAAACACAAAAGUAAGCGUAAGCUUCGAAUUCAGGAUUUAUUUCAGUCAAUUGAUCCACCAUCAACUUCAAAUUUUAAUGCAGACAAUAAUUCUUUUAGCGAUUUUAAUGGUUCUAAAUGUUCUCUAAACAAUGGCAAUAUUGGGGUAAAAAAUCAAGUUACAAAUGAUAAUAGUUUGAAAACCUGUGUCAACUACAUUGAUUUUGAAUUGGAUCCAAAUUCCGAGUAUGAUCUAGCUUCAUUAUAUAUGUCUACUUCAGCUAAUUACGAAUUGGGAACUAUAAGAUCUUUAAACAUUGCAAGUUCAAUACCCAUAAGGCGAGAUAAUGAUGAUGAUGAUGAUGAUGAUGAUGAUAACAACAAUCAAGAAAUUGGUCAACAAAAUGAAUAUUUUGUUGAUAGAAAUUAUCCAAGUAAUAAUCAAGUAUUUGUAGAAGAAAAUAGUAAUGAAACAGGACUAGAAUCUAGCUCUCUUGAAAGUUUUAAUGAGGAUUUAUAUUCAUACUCUAGGAAUGAUAUUAAUAAACAAGAGGAUCAUACUUUAUUCAACGAUGAUGUUAGUAAUAAUAAUGGUAACGAAAGUAACAUAUAUUUUUCAAAAUUCAAUAGCGGUGGUAAUUUUAAUACAGUCGAUGGGAAGAGAAGGUUGAAUAUGAUUGGUGGAGAUAUUGGUAUUGUUAAUAUGAAUCCAAGCGUUGAAAGAACCAGUAUGGAUUUAACAGAAGUAAACCAAUUUAUGGAUGAUAUGAAUGAAAAAAUUGACCAUAUCAGAACUGGAAUUGACAGUUUGAGUAUUGAGUCGUUAACAGAUUUUAAUUUCUUAAAGGAAGAUCAAGUUGAAAAUUUCGGUUUGAAUAUGACAGGAACAAGUAGUGGCAUUAAGAAGAAGAAUAAUAAUAAUAAUGAUAAAGUUAUCAAUGAUGAAAAAACAAAGGCAUCGAUUAUAAGGAAUAAGAAAAGAAUGAAAAAGAAACAAAGAAUAGCAGAUUUUAGUAAAUAUUUUAAAGGUGAAGCAAAUGAGCCAAAUCUUAAAGAUUUAAAGAUUGGAAUGACGGAAGAAGAAAAUGAAAGUAUCGGUUUUGAUGGUAGUAAACUCGAGGAGAGUAAGUGUGGGUUUAAAUAUAUCCAUAGUAGAAGUACGAGCAGCGAUAAGGAAGAUGGAAUAGUGCUUUCAAGUAUAAGUAGUAAUAGUAAGGUUGAUGUGAAGAAGAUUAGAAAAAACGAAGAAAGCAGGAAAGGACAAUCGCCCAUGAGUUUUUCGCCAAUUGGUAGAUUUAUUUUUCCGAAGAGCCAAAAAAUAAAUGGAAAGGAUAAAGAAAAAAGAAUAUUUGGAUAUGGUAGCUGUGAUAGUGAGAAAUCCGAGAUUAAGUUGGAUUUCAUUUAUGAUAGGUAAAUAGAGAGAUUGAUUUGUAAAUUAAAAUUUAUAUAUUGAGAUAUUAGAGUAUUAAUAAAAAAAAGAAAAAAGUAAAAGGUAAAAGAGUAAGUAAAUAUAACUAUCAAAAGAGCACACAAAACAAAUAACUACUAAAAUACUAACAAAAACAAACCAAUCAUUAAAGGUUUAUAUAUAAA